GCUGGACGAUGGCGGAGGGAGGGAGUAUGGUUUUGCGACACCUCUUCUUCUUGGCAAUGGUUCCGCUGCAUCGUCGCGGGGGCCUCUUCUCGUGUGCGCGCACAGGCCACCAUUCCCUCGAGGAUUCUCUUUCCGCUAUCAGAUUCGUGAUCGUUUUUCGACGGACGGAAGAAUCAGCUGAACUUUUCACAACACCUCCCAAUGAUCGUUCUGUCACCGCAAUUGCGCGGUGCUUGUGAGCGUUUCAUCUCAUGGUUUCCUCUCCGGACUCUAGCAGGACAUGCUUACAUGCAGCUACGUGACUUUGUUUAAGAGCUUCUUUAAGAGUUUGUUGUGUGUCUUUGCCAUCUCUGUGGAAGUGUAUCGUUAGAGGUGUCCAAAUUACCGGUCGCAAAGCGCUUCCAGGUAUAAUCUCGUCAGUGUUUGUUGUUUCUUUGAAAUGGCAGAGCGUUUUGGUUCUGGAGAUUGAAAGAACUGUGGACGAGCUUCGUUUGGAGGUGACUAGUUUUUCAUGGCCUUUUUAGCUGUGAGCUGGGGAAUCUCAUGCGCGCUUUUGGCAGUUAAUGUCAUCAUGCGUAUUAUCAAUGCAGCUAUUGCUGGUUGGGCCUUCAACAGGAACAUGGACCGAGCUUCAACGGACAGCACUGACUUCGGAGUACGCAGCAUUAAAUUUUUCCCUGGUGUUUAUUUUCCACUUGAUGAGAAUGUUCCAUACGUUCCUUCUGUAAACGAGGGCAUUUGGCUUCCGGGAGCAGGGAAUGUGGAGGGCAAGAUGGUUGCACUGUACUUUCUUCCUAUUGUGCUGGUGGCCUCAGUUGUGGGAAUAGCAUCGAUCUGUGUAGGCAUGUAUCACUUGCGCGUAUGGCGCACUGAUAGCCUUGCAGCUGCUGUUUCUGCUGCCCUGAUUGCCUGGUUGCUGAGCUUUCUCGCCGCAGGGGUUGCUUGCAAAGAGAUUUAUGUUGGGGCUACGCGUUCAACAAAAUUGAAAGUGGUGGAGGGUUUCACCGUCAUCCUGCCCCUCUUCGAAUUCUACUACUUGCUGUCUCUGCAAGCUGCAGCCCUAGGUGGUAAAGAAGGCACUGCUUACACCAGCUCUUCCAAACGAGAGCCUCGUGAAAAGUUCGACACUGUUUUCGAAGAUAGGAGAGAUUCUGGAGUUGAAGCUGGCAUGGACGUUUAGCAGGAUAGUAGGAUUCCUGGCACUUUUGAUCACUUAGUCUGACUGGCUUUACUGAAUUAUAUCCAAAAUGCAAGAGAGAAUUCAGCACAUGAAACUCAUUCACUCUUUGGAAACAUUUUCGGUUUCUGAGAAUUCAUCAUCCCAGUCGAUGCUGUGUUCAAGUGAAGUGAUUUCAUCGUGAAUAGAAUUUUGACACCGUAGCCAUGCAUUCAGUAACGUUCACAAGUACAUCCUGACCACGAAGUUGUAACCAGGAAAACGAGCAUACGCCAUUCAAUGCUUGUGCAUUAUUGGGCUUGAGCGUUGUGCAUUGUAAACAAUGUGACGGGGACAGGCAUCUGCAGUGAAAUUGCCCAGAGUUGCUGGCUAAAGUUGUUCAGUUCAAUUCCAUGACGAUGGUGAUGAAUAAUUCAUCUCCCAAUCUUAUUGA